AUAGAAAACGAAUAAAACUCUCUUCUUAAAACGAUACUAAGAUCUCAGUUGUUUAUCAGACGUCAGUACGUUAACACGUAAUGGUGACUAUUGUGUAUUACGCAUCCAAAUUUAAUCUAAAAUAAAAAUUAACGUGCAUUAAAACUGUAUGUUAUUUGAAUAAAAAUGCUACCUAUUGAAAUAGUAACUCCUCUGGAGCACGAGACUAUAAGCCAAUUUCCAGCAGAAAUAAGAACACCUGCAUUAGAAUUAAAACAUUCAGAACUUUUGUGUCGUAUUCAAUAUUCUAAUAAACUUCCCGACAUUCCUUUUGAUUUAAAAUUUCUAAUUUUUCCAUUUAAAUCUGGAAGAUUUUCAAAGUACACCCAAUCGUCGUUGGAACGCAAUCACAAGUAUGAAUUUUUGACGGAUUAUAGUAUGGGAAUAGAAGUUGAUUUAACGAACAUUGAACAAUAUGAAAGUGAAGAAUCAGAAGUACAAUUGCAUCCUGAUGAUGAAAAGUUGCUCGAAGAUGAUUAUUUAUCACUACCAGAGUCUAAGAGAUCAAUAAAUCAUGCUAAAAGUGUAUCAUGGUUACGUCGUACUGAGUAUAUAUCAACAGAAACAACGAGAUUCCAGCCACAGAAUGCUGAUAAAAUGGAAGCUAAAGUUGGUGGUUUUAGUAUCAAAAAAUAUAUCGCUGAAGGACUUGUUUAUUUGGAUCAUGAAAAUCAAAUAAAAGCCAUUGAGAAGACAUUUGAAGACAUUAAAAAACCUAUUGAGCAACAUCACAGCAAACGAAAUGUUUAUCCUGUUCAAGUCUUGCCUGUUUAUCCAGACUUUGAACUCUGGAAGCAUCCUUGUGCUCAGGUGAUAUUUGAUGCCGAUCCUACGCCGCCUGGAUACUCAUUGUCCCAGCAGAUGGACAUCAUGUCCCAAGCAAUGCUACGUGGAGUUAUGGACGAAAAUGAAGAACAAUUCGUUGCGUAUUUUAUACCGACUGACGAGACUCUUGAGAAGCGUAAAAAUGACAAAGAGGUGGGUCUUGAUUAUCGUGAUGGCGAGAGCUAUGAGUACAGAAUGUACAAAGAGUAUAACUGGAACGUUAAAUCUAAAACAACUGAAGGCUAUGAAGAGAAUUAUUUUAUGGUUUUAAGAGAUGACGGAUUGUAUUUUAAUGAGCUGGAGACAAGAGUUCGUUUGAAUAAGAGAAGAAGACAAGCUGGUGAUCAUCUAAGUCGCACUAAAUUGAUUGUCAAGCAUCGUCGUUUGAAUAGCCAUGAAUUAAAAGUCCAAGAAUCACGCGCUCGGCAACUCAAGCCACUGAAUUCUGAUGAUGUUGAAGACAAUGAUGACGAUAGUGAAGCCAAUAAGAGUGAGCAAGAAGAAAAAAAUGAAAAUGACGAUGACAAACGUUCUGAUAAAUCCUCGCAACCUUGCUCUCGAGAAUCUAGAUCUAGAUCUAGAUCUUUGAGCUCAAGUAAAAGCGCUCGUUCUGGAUCUUCAGAUUCAAUUAAAAGUGAACGAAGCAGCAAUUCUGUUGAACAUGUCCCUAUUUCUAAUGGAUAUCAUAGUGAUAAUAAUGUUGAAAAUGACAUUGGACAUAACAAUAUUGAUAAUAAUGUUAAUGGUUCUGAGUCCGAGUAAAUUAUUUAUUUAUUUUUUUUUUAUUACUUUGAAUAUAUCGAUUGCGUUAUUUAAGGAAAUUUUCAUACUUUAAACCUCUUAAAAAAUAAAAUAUAUAGAAAACUGUUGUAAUAUUUUUUUUUGUAGCGAGUAAAUUUACUCUCGAUCUCAGUAGAUCUUUAUAUUUUUCUGGUAUUAAUAAAUAAAAGCUA